CAGUACUUUUCAGGAAAGGGGGCAGUUUUGCAGGAGCUUUAAUCGGCCUCUAGGUGUCACGAUGGGGCUCCCGGUCCAGGCGGUAGACGGGGGUGUUUGUCUCCCUCUAUCGUUAUCGAACAUUCAGCAAAAAAAAAACAUUAUAACCCAGAAGUUCAACGAAAUGUCUCAUUAACGAGUAUUUUUAGAGCUAUAUUAGUUUGCACUUUGGCAUGGCUCGAUCAUUAAAUACUUCAACGUGUUGGUUUAGUGUUUAGGCCAGGCGUCCAUUUUAUUUUUCUUCUUUGUGCCAAGAUAGAAACUCGCGGCUGCAUAUGAAGUCAGCGAGCGACAGAUUGUAGCUCAGUACACGGAAUUUACUAAAUCUCACAAGCAUAAUCUAACUAUUUAGACCCCUAUCUACACAACGUUAGUUUUGUUAGCUAGUAAAGCCAUCAAUCGAAAUUAGCUAUAAUUUACAAGAUCGGUUUACUGUCAAUAUUGCCCCACCUUGAUAACGGCCUUCGCAAAAGCUAACGUUAGUAACCCCUUCCGUUGAUCAAACUAACUUUCUAAUUAGCUAGUUAACGUUCACUGUUUUAAUAUUACACCACAUUAACUAUAACUUCUAGCGUUAGCUGACAAUCGUUUUGAAAUGGUAAGGUCCUAGAUGCAAAGACUUCACAAUUUAGCAGACGCUAUUUCUCUAGCAAUAUAAAAGUUAGCUGGCUUGGCUUGUUGCGCAGACCGAAUUCAAACAAGGAAGAUGCAUAACGUAAAUGUCUCCGGUAGUCAUUAAUGCGAGCGUUUCCACUAGUACGACGUCUUCCUCCGGCCUCAAAUUAAUGCCACUUAUCUAAAAAAAAUAAUCUAAAUGCCUCUGCUGCAGUUCGUCUUCCAUCCAGUGUCCGCUGUCUGAUUCAAAGCCUACAUUGAGCUACAACGGCACUAACUUGUUACCGAUGGACGGAGGACCAACAGAUGUUGUGGUUGAGGCCAAGGACUUCACCUAUGAGGGGGAGGAGGUGGUGGCAGACCUGCUCCAGCAAGCAGCAGAAGGGGUGAUGGACCAGCAGCCAGAGGGAGUUGCUGGUUUGGAUACCCAGCAGCUGGUGGAGGGAGUCAAUGUGGAGAUGAUGGUAAUGGACUCCCUGGACCCGGCCCUGCUGCAGUUGAAGACUGAGGUGAUGGACGCCCCUGUGGCUACAGCCCAUGAGGCCACGGUCACCACGGUGGAUGAGACCCAGAUCAUCACUCUGCAGGUUGUCAACAUGGAUGAGCAGCAGCUGGGAGGCCUCGGGGAGCUACAGCUGGUCCAGGUCCCUGUCUCUGCUGUCCCUGUCACCCAGGCCACUGUAGAGGCGCUACAGGGUACCUUCGUGGACACCACGGCCAUGCCCAAAGACGGAAACCCUGUUAUCUGCCACACCCUGCCCCUGCCAGAGGGAUUCCAGGUGGUGAAGGUGGGUGCGAAUGGUGAGGUGGAAACAGUGGAGCAGGAUGAGCUCCAGCACCAAGAGGAACAGCAGGUCCAGCCUGAGGAGGAGGAGGAGCUGCACUGUGAGCCCCAGCCUGAAGAACCACAAUGGGCCAAGGACCCCGACUACCAGCCCCCAGCCAAGAAGACCAUCAAGAAGGCAAAAAAGAGCACGCUGCGCUACAACACAGAGGGGGAUAAAGACAACAUGGACGUGUCUGUGUAUGAUUUUGAGGAGGAGCAGCAGGAAGGGAUGCUCUCUGAGGUCAACGCAGAGAAGGUGGUGGGCAACAUGAAACCCCCCAAACCCACCAAAAUUAAGAAGAAGGGUGUGAAGAAAACAUUCCAGUGUGAGCUGUGUAGCUACACCUGUCCCCGCCGCUCCAACUUGGACCGACACAUGAAAAGCCACACAGAUGAGAGGCCCCACAAGUGCCAUCUGUGUGGAAGGGCCUUCAGGACUGUUACCCUGCUAAGGAACCACCUCAACACACACACAGGUACCAGACCACACAAGUGUCAAGAUUGUGACAUGGCCUUCGUGACCAGUGGAGAGUUGGUCCGACAUCGUCGCUACAAGCACACUCAUGAGAAACCCUUCAAGUGCUCCAUGUGUGACUAUGCCAGUGUAGAGGUGAGCAAGCUAAAGCGGCACAUCCGUUCCCACACUGGGGAGCGUCCUUUCCAGUGCAGUCUGUGCAGCUACGCCAGCAGAGACACCUACAAGCUGAAGAGACACAUGAGGACACACUCGGGAGAGAAGCCGUAUGAGUGCUAUAUUUGCCACGCCCGUUUCACCCAGAGUGGAACCAUGAAGAUGCACAUCCUGCAGAAGCACACAGAGAACGUGGCUAAGUUCCACUGCCCCCACUGUGACACAGUCAUCGCCCGAAAGAGUGACCUGGGCGUCCACCUGCGAAAACAGCACUCAUUCAUUGAGCAGGGCAGGAAAUGUCGUUACUGCGAUGCUGUGUUCCACGAGCGCUACGCACUCAUCCAGCACCAAAAGUCCCACAAGAACGAGAAACGCUUCAAGUGUGACCAGUGUGAUUACUGCUGCAGACAGGAGCGCCACAUGCUGAUGCACAGGCGCACCCACACAGGAGAGAAGCCUUACGCCUGUAGCCAGUGUGAGAAGACCUUCCGUCAGAAGCAGCUCCUGGACAUGCACUUCCGGCGUUACCAUGACCCCAACUUUGUGCCCACUGCCUUUGUGUGCACCAAGUGUGGCAAGGCCUUCACCCGCAGGAACACCAUGGCCAGACAUGCAGAGAACUGUAACGGGGAUCCUAGUGAAGGAGAGAACGGAUCCCCACCCAAGAGAGGACGAGGUGGGAGGAAGAGGAAGAUGCGCUCAAGGAAGGAUGAAGACGAUGAUGAUGACGAUGACGACAGUGAGGACAAUGCUGAUCCUGAGCUGGAUGACAUUGAUGAAGAGGAUGAGGAGGCUGAGGCAGCACUGCUGGAGGAAGAGGAGGAGGAGGAGAUGAUGGAGUUGGAGCAGGCUCCACCCACCAAACCUAUUCCUGCCCCUGUAGAGCCACCUGUCAAGAGGAAACGCGGCAGACCUCCCAAGAACAUCCCCAAACCCUCCCCUCCCCCCAAAGCCAGCAAGGCUGCCCCCAAAGGCAAGGCUGCUUCAGCUGCAGCUGUCAUCCAGGUGGAGGAUGAGAAUACCGGCACCAUAGAGAACAUCAUAGUGAAGAAGGAGCAAGAGGCUGAACAGGCUGCCCCAGAGGUGGUGGUGGAGCAACCAGAGGAGGCAGGGGUGGAGACGGUGGAGCUGCCUGUAGCAGAUGCUGCCCCCAACGGAGACCUCACCCCUGAGAUGAUCCUCAGCAUGAUGGACCGGUGAUCUAGCCCACACAGACUGCUCAAAGACAUCCCCUUGUCUCAACCUUUCCCUUCAACAAGUCUACCCUCUUCAUACGAUCUGCCAUCUUACAAACCACUCCGCUUUACACUCUUGGUUUUUGUCUUAAGAAAACACACCGAUUUGUUUAUCACUCUCAAACCCACUUCCUUCCAUGCAUUCACUGUAACAGUUUAAGUUCUAGCUGCUUGGUCUGUAGAAAUGUAGAUAUUUUUGUGGGAGGAAUGUUGUAGAAACGUGUAAUAAUGGAUCCCUUCAUGGAGGGAUGGUAGCUGAGGUUUGACACGUGGACAUUGGGACUUUCUAUAGUGGUCUUCUUUUUUUCCCUCCAACUAAUAAACUAUUUUCUUAACCUGUUUGUGAGCUUGACAUGGCAACAGUGCCAGUAAUUUCAGCCUUGUUAUCUAGGACCUCUGCGGUAGACUAAAACUAUUACUUUCACUGUCAAAGGAAGUCCUUCCAUUUUGUUAACACUUUAUUCACUGCAUAUUACAUUUGACUUACUGUUAUACUUGUCACAGAUGAUGGAGUUUGUAGAGGCUUACAUUAACUACUAUAAUCGGGGACAGUGACAUGCAUCGACCCACAAAGUUUUUAAGACUGCAGUUAUGUUGUACAAACGGUCAUCUCGGCUGGUUUUGCUUGUAAAUACUUGUUUAGUUUUAUUACAAACAUAUUUUAAUCUUUUUCUAGUGAUCUAAAAAACUUUAAUGCUGGGAGAAAGGAACUCUUAACCAUAGCUGUUUGGAACACAGGCAGUAUGUGGAUUUCUAAUCUCUAAAGUGGGAGGCUUUGCCCACUCUGUAAAUCAUGUUGGAGAUAUGAUCUUUCCGGUUUUGAGCUUUUUAGCCUGAAUAUCUAGUGUUCUUUUUGGAGGUACAGAGGUUAACAGCUUUACUCACUCUUAACCUACCUAACAUCUCGACCGCAUGGACUAAUGUUAGAGGUUUUGAAAGAUGACCAUGUAGGUCUUGUUUUGCUUUUCAAGAUAAGGUAGAGAGAUUGUGAUGUAAAUUGCGCCCAUGUUCUGGAAAGCUUUAAUCAAGUUCUGUGUGAAACUGUAAAGGGUGGAGGUGUCCAAUUAAACUAGCUUCAGGUCUUAACUGUAAAGGGGGGAGGUGUCCAAUUGAACUAGCUUCAGGUCUUAACUGUAAAGGAAAGAUGAUGAUUAAGGCUUUGGGAAUUUUGUGAAGCAGAAUGUUUCUCCCAGUUAAUUUCUCAAACCAUUUUGUCCUAAUGGUGCAGUUGUGUUGUGGGAUGUAUACAGAUGCGGUCAGAGGGCCUUGUGGAAUUCUGAUUAGGAGGUUCAAAAAGGGGAGGAGACAACUAUAAGGGAAAGAUAUUUUGUAUAAAGGUUGUUAGUCGUUUCAGAGAACAAUGUCCUUUCUUUCAGACCAUUUGACACUGAUACAACAUGUAGCUUCCUUCUAUAUGUAAUUGCAUUUAAAUUGCUUUUGUCAAGCUCUUAAAAAUUCUAGGUUGAUGCAUUUUUGUACCUGGCUGUACUGUGUGAAUUUUACAAUGAUCUGAAAACCAACAUAAAUACAUGUAUUGUUGGGUUGAGAGGGCAUGUUGGUAUGCGGAAUGUAUUACUGUACAGCUAAUAAAGAUAUUGGCCUAC